GGCGCAGCCACCCUAAGGAGGCGGGCGCCGAGCUCCUCAUUCAUUGUCUGACAAGAGCAUCCUCGGCGGGCAGCGCCGGCUUCUCCAUCCUCCGCCUCCUCCGCCUCCUCCAUUUGGGGGUCACUCCUCUCUCCGCAGCAGGAUGAGCCGGCAGGUGGUGCGUUCUAGCAAGUUCCGCCAUGUGUUCGGACAGCCUGCCAAGGCCGACCAGUGCUACGAGGACGUACGUGUCUCGCAGACCACCUGGGACAGCUGUUUCUGCGCGGUCAACCCUAAGUUUGUGGCUCUCAUCUGUGAGGCCAGUGGGGGAGGUGCCUUCUUGGUGCUGCCUCUGAGCAAGACUGGACGUGUGGACAAGAAUGUGCCCACAGUCUGCGGCCACACGGCCCCUGUGCUGGACAUUGCCUGGUGCCCGCACAACGAUAACGUCAUUGCCAGCGGCUCUGAGGACUGCACCGUCAUGGUGUGGGAGAUCCCUGAUGGGGGCCUGACACUGCCACUGCGGGAGCCUGUGGUCACCCUGGAGGGCCACACCAAGCGCGUGGGCAUAGUGGCCUGGCACCCCACUGCUCAGAACAUAUUGCUCAGUGCAGGUUGUGACAACGUGAUCCUGAUAUGGGAUGUUGGCACCGGGACGGCCGCGCUGACCCUGGGUGCCGAUGUACAUCCGGACACCAUCUACAGCGUGGACUGGAGCCGGGAUGGCAGCCUUCUCUGCACUUCCUGCCGCGACAAGCGUGUGCGCGUCAUUGAGCCCCGGAAAGGCACCGUGGUGGCUGAGAAGGACCGUCCCCACGAGGGGACUCGGCCUGUGCGCGCUGUGUUUGUGUCCGACAGCAAGAUCCUGACCACGGGCUUCAGUCGCAUGAGUGAGCGGCAGGUGGCGCUGUGGGACAUGAAGCACUUGGAGGAGCCUCUAUCCCUGCAGGAGCUGGACACAAGCAGUGGCGUCCUUCUGCCCUUCUUUGACCCUGACACCAACAUUGUCUACCUCUGUGGCAAGGGCGACAGCUCUAUCCGGUACUUUGAGAUCACUUCUGAGGCCCCAUUCCUGCACUAUCUCUCCAUGUUCAGUUCCAAGGAGUCCCAGCGAGGCAUGGGCUACAUGCCCAAACGUGGUCUGGAGGUGAACAAGUGUGAGAUUGCCAGAUUCUACAAGCUGCACGAGCGCAGGUGCGAGCCCAUUGCUAUGACAGUGCCCAGGAAGUCGGACCUGUUCCAGGAAGACCUGUACCCCGCUACUGCGGGGCCUGAUGCUGCCCUCACAGCUGAGGAAUGGCUGGGGGGUCAGAAUGCAGGGCCCCUCCUCAUUUCCCUGAAGGAUGGCUACGUUCCUCCAAAGAGCCGCGAGCUAAGAGUCAACCGGGGCCUGGACACAGGACGCAGGAGGGGAGCCACAGAGGCCAGUGGUACACCCAGUUCGGAUGCUGUGUCCCGGCUGGAGGAGGAGAUGAGAAAGCUCCAGGCUAUGGUGCAGGAGAUACAGAAGCGCCUGGAGAGGCUGGAAGAGACAGUCCAGGCCCAGUAGAGGACUCGGCCCUCAGCGGGCCUGGGCGUCGCGUCCUCCUGCUCACCCAUCAUUCCUCAAGCCAGUGGCAGAUGGAAAGUCUUAAUAAAAUGCUUUUAUUUUCUGAUA